AUGGAGGUGUACGCAGUCGGAGCGUUGAGGCUGCUACCAUGGCUGGCACUGGCAGCAGUGCUUCUGCCACCUCCACCUGCGGCGUCGCAGCAGCCGGCGGCGAGGGGAUGCCGUCAGCAGUGCGGCAACGUGACCGUCCCUUACCCGUUCGGCAUCGGCGCGGGCUGCCACCGCGGCUCGACCACGGGGGGCUUCCGGCUCCAGUGCGACGACGAUGCCAGCGGCCGCGGACGCCCGCCGCUGCUCACCGUGGCCGGCUACGGCCACGAGGUCGCUGCCAUCUCGCUGGCGACGGCCGAGGCCACCGUGCUCCUCAACGCGAGCCGCGCGUGCUACGACCGCCCGGGGGACCCCGACGGCCGCGUCGUCAGCCUGCGUGAGCACCCCAUGGCGCUCAACGGCAGCGCGUUCCUCUUCUCGUCGAUGAAGAGCAAGUUCGUGUCCAUCGGCUGCCCCGGCCUCGCCUACUUCAACGACGGCGACGGGUACUACGUCACGGGGUGCAUGUCCGUGUGCCGGCCCUCGGAGCGCGCGCUGCCGGGGUCGUGCCGCGGCGACGACAGCUGCUGCCAGAGCAACAUCCCGCUCGGGCUCAACUCCUACCACCCCUACCUCGGCAGCUUCGGCCGGCGCCGCCGCGGCAGCGGCCGGGGGAGAGAGCAGGAGGCGACGUUCCUGGCCAACUCCACCGCUUGCUCCUACGCGUUCAUGGUGGACUCGAUGUGGUUCUGGCUAGCCGGCUCGCACUUCAACCGCACCGGCGACUUCGCCGUGCCCGUCGUCCUGGACUGGGCCAUCAGGGACGCCCCGAGCUGCGCCGCCGCGGCGCGGGAUGGCGACACGUACGCGUGCCGCAGCGCGCACAGCGUCUGCCUCGACUCCAGCAACGGCCCCGGGUACGUCUGCAACUGCACCGGCGGGUACCAGGGCAACCCGUACGUGGCCGACGGCUGCACGGACGUCGACGAGUGCCGGCACGGGGACGAGUUCCCAUGCUACGGCGUGUGCGUCAACACGCCGGGCAGCUUCCUCUGCACGUGCCCCAAGGGAUCCAGUGGGAACGCCACUCUACAGGGCGGCUGCCGCCGAGACGACGACAACAGAUUCGGUUUGCCACUGAAGAUCGUCACGGGUGUCAGCGCGGGCGUGUUGCUGCUGCUGCUGGCGAGCUUCUCGUCGCACCUGUGGGUUCAGAAGCGGCGUCUGCUCCACGCGAAGCAGCGGUUCUUCGAGCAGAACGGCGGCGUCCUCCUGCAGCAGCAGCUGGGCUCGCUGGCCAGCUCCGGCGUGGCGUUCAGGAUCUUCUCCGAGGAGGAGAUCAGCCGGGCCACCAACGGCUUCGCGGAGGCGCGGGUCCUCGGCCGCGGAGGGCAAGGCGUGGUGUACAAGGGCGUCCUCGCCGACGGCUCCGCCGUGGCCGUGAAGAAGUCGAGGGUCGUCGACGCGAAGCAGGUGAAGGAGUUCGCCAGGGAGAUGCUGAUCCUCUCACAGAUCAACCACCGGAACGUGGUCAAGCUGCUCGGCUGCUGCCUCGAGGUCGAGGUGCCCAUGCUGGUCUAUGAGUACGUCCCCAACGGCAGCCUCCACGGCUACAUCCACGGCGGCGGCGAGGCCAAGGUGCAGCUGCCACCCGGCGCGCGCCUCCGCAUCGCGGCCGAGUCCGCGGACGCGCUCGCGUACAUGCACUCGUCGGCGUCGCCGCCGAUCCUCCACCGCGACGUCAAGUCCGCAAACAUCCUCCUCGACGGCGGCCUCGCGGCGAAGGUGUCCGACUUCGGCGCGUCGAGGUUGGCCCCGGCGGGCGAGGCGGCGGUGGCCACGCUGGUCCAGGGCACCCUCGGGUACCUGGACCCGGAGUACCUGCUGACGAGCCAGCUCACCAGCAAGAGCGACGUGUACAGCUUCGCGGUGGUCGUGCUGGAGCUCCUCACAGGGAGGAAGGCGUUCGUCCCGGUGGAGGACGAGGACGAGGAAGAGGAGGGCGGCCUCGCGUUCUGCUUCAUCACGGCGGCGCAGGCGGGCCGGCACCGGGAGAUCAUGGACCAGCAGGUCAUGAAGGAGGUCGGAGCGGAGGUGCUGGACGAGGCCACGGAGCUGCUGAUGCGCUGCCUCAGCAUGGUCGCCGAUGAGAGGCCAACCAUGAAGGAGGUCGCCGACAAACUCCAUAGGAUCAGAUGCCUCGCUUGCAGCUGUAACGGAAAGUCAUUGAUAAGAUGUCUGGCCACAAAUAUACAGAAGACCACCACUGGUGCAAGGAUGAGGAAUAUGGGAGGAAGUGCUGGGCAGGCUGACAGGCCCCCAUACAAUGCUUUCUGGAACUUAGCCAGCCAAGGGAUACUGACCACUGGCAGGGAAGAAGGUGUGCCUAACUACCAGAAAGAAAUUCAAAUUGCAGAUGCUUCACAAGAAUUGCAUGAGUAA